GUCGUCCGCGGGCGGGGAGGGCGUCCACUGCGUCGCCCUCAAGUGGGGGUUCGUCGGCCGGAGCGUGCUCGUCGGGAACGCGCUGGUGCACCUCUACGCGGACCACGGGUCGUUGGCGCGUGCGCGGAGGGUGUUCGACGAAAUGUCCGAGAGGGACGUCGUCUCCUGGACGACCAUGGUGGACGGGUACGCGCGGAGAGGGAUGGCUGACGAUGCCUGGCACGUGUUUUGCAGGAUGGUGGUGGCCGGGGGCCAGCAGCCGAAUGAGGUGACGCUGGUUGCGGCGCUGUCGGCGAUUGGGCAGAUGGGACUGCUAGCGCUGGGAAGGAGGGUGCAUAGUUAUGUUGCAGAGGGUGGUGUGGGUGGAAGUGUUAGCUUGGCGAAUGCGCUGAUCGACAUGUUUGGGAAAUUCGGGUGCGUGCCCUCUGCCAGGGAGGUUUUCAACGGCAUGGCGGCCAAGGAUGUGUACUCCUGGACGACCAUGGUUAACGUUUAUGCAAAGUGUGGUCACCUGGAGAGUGCAGCUCAGCUGUUUGAGGAUAUGCCUAGGAGGAACGCAGUUUCUUGGAGUUGCAUCAUCGCUGCUUACUCGCAGGCAAAUCAGCCUGAGGAAGCAGUGAGGUUGUUUAAAAAGAUGAUUGAAGAAAAUGUUGAGCCGAUUAACGCUACCCUUGUGAGUGUGCUUCCGGCGUGUGCUCAGUUGGGUUGCCUGGAUCUUGGUAGGUGGAUAUAUGAUAACUACAUUGUCAGUGGCAAGGCUGUACUUACCGUAAAUUUAUGCAAUGCAUUCAUUGAUAUGUAUGCAAAAUGUGGAGAUUUGGAUGCAGCAUCAAGGUUAUUUGCUGAGAUGGGAGAGAGAAAUGUAGUGAGUUGGAAUUCGAUGGUCAUGGCCCAUGCUGUGCACGGUCAGUCUGAAGAAGUCCUUCAUCUCUUUGAGCAGUUGAAAGGAACAGGUAUUCUGCCUGAUGAGAUCACAUUCCUUGGGCUACUUUCUGCAUGCAGUCAUAGUGGGUUGGUUUCAGAAGGGCGUCGGUAUUUUAAAGAAAUGAAAAUGGGCUAUCAGAUUGAACCCAAAGCAGAACACUAUGCAUGCAUGAUCGAUCUUUUGGGGAAAAGUGGACUUCUUGAAGAGGCACUUGAAGUUGCAAAUGGUAUGCCAAUGGAAGCUGGUGAGGCCGGUUGGGGUGCUCUUUUGAAUGCAUGCAGAGUGCAGGGCAAUGUAGAGAUUGGUGAAUGUGCUGCAGAUAAGCUAGUAAAACUCGAUCCAUUGGACAGUGGAAUCUAUGUACUUAUGUGCCAAAUAUAUGCAAAUAAAAGUAAAUGGGAUCAGGUGAAGAUGCUGAGGAUGUUGAUGAGAGAUAGAGGGGUAAAGAAGAAUCCUGGAUAUAGUUCUAUUGAAGUGGAUGGAAAAUUUCAUGAGUUUUUGGUGGCAGAUGUUUCACAUGUUCAGUCAGAAGAUAUUUAUGCAGCAUUGAAUAACAUUUAUUUCCAUUUAAAAUUGGAAGGUUAUGUUCCUCUAACUUGACAUGAGUGUGGUGGCAAUGCUUUCGUCCUUGUUCAUGCACCUCAUAAUAGCCAUGGCUGUAGAUAGAAAACAAAAACUUGGCAACAGACAGCAUUUCAUAUAUUUAAAGCUCAGCUUCGUGCAAUUGUGCUGUACAUAGUUUUGACCUGCUGUGAUACAUUCAGUCCAUUCGAUGGCUCAAGAAAGAGAUGAAUUGCCUAUGUCUUAAAAAGAAAUUCAUGGACAGGAAAAGGGCCAUUCUGAUUUGUUAUGCAGUAGUCUAGGUUUGAUCAGAUUUUGUCAUGUGGAGAAACUAUUAUACUGUUAAGGAACUUGAUUGACCCACGACUAAUUCUGACCAAACUAUAACCAGCUGUAGAGCUUUUACAUGGUGAAACAUAUUACUUCCAUUCCAGUAUCCAAAAUGCGCUUUGGAAAGACUUUCUCAAUGUUAUUAAGUUUUUGGUUGAUUUACCAAGAAGCCACCUAUGGCGAUUAUUGCAAGAGGAAGGCCGUCGCAUUUCUUCAGAAGUUGCUCUGCUUGUUCAAUCAACUCAGGAUAUUGCCGAUGCAAAUGUUCCUUCUCCUUAAAUA